AUGCCACCCAAAAGAGUCGCAAUAGUAACGAGCAGCACGCGCCGCCCACGACUAAACCCAACAAUAACCCAAUACGUGCACGACAUCCUAGUCGCAGACCCAACAAUCCCAACCAAACACACGCAUGAUGAAACAAUCGACACAGAUCCACGGCACAUAACUCUCGAAAUUAUCGACCUAUCCGCGCAAUCCCUCCCCCUUUACGACGAGUCAGUAAUCCCAGCCAGCCUUCCAGCAACAGACCCUACACCGCACUACAGCAAAGCCCACACACGCGCCUGGUCAACCCUCGUCCGUCAAUACGACGCCUUCAUCUUCGUCACGCCGCAGUAUAACUGGAGUAUACCAGCCAGCUUGAAGAACGCGCUUGAUUACCUGUUCCAUGAGUGGGUGGGCAAACCGGCUGGGAUUGUUUCUUAUGGGUCUAGAGGUGGGGGUAAGGCGGCGGAGCAUUUGAGGGGUGUGUUGACUGGGUUGAGGAUGAGGGUUGUCGGGACGGCGCCUGGGCUGGUUGUGAGGUUUACGGGGUUGCCUGUUGGGACUUUGAGUGAGGUUGAGGAGGCGGUGGACGUUGAUGGGAGGGAUUUGGAAGGGUGGAGGGAGGCGGGGGUGGAGGGGAUGAUGAGGAAUUUGGGGAUGGAGUUGGUUUGUGAGUUGGAUAAGUAG